AGCAGUCGCGGCAGUUGAGCCCUCGUGUCAGUGUAGUGUCUGUGUGUGGUAUUGCUAUCUCUGUGGUGAGGAGGGGUAAGGACAAACGCGGAUGGUUGGGCGAAGAACAACGCAGGCUGUUGAGCGGUUUUAACAUCUCCGGACUUGAAAAUACGACGUCGGACAUACUUAAGGAUUCACCUGCCAUUGGUCUGAGGCGAUCCUGGAAUUCUUGGGAGUUUUCCGUGGCCGAGGAAGACCGAAAUCCUCAAUCGCUUUGGUCUCCGACCUGCGCUCGGAUUGGCAUUCCGAGUCAGUGUCAGCGGACCGUGAUCACUCGAGUUUCUCAACAAGAAGCUCGCCGAGGAAAUGUGUGUGAUGAUAGAUCUCAAGCAAUACCAUCGCUCUCCUUGUUAGGUCACGCACGGAGGUUUUAGACGAGGCGGUGGGGGAAUAUUGUUCUUUUCAAAAUCGUUAGCCAGGACUCUGCCCUUGGAGACAAAAGGAAAGAGGCCAAGGAGCAGUUUACACAAGGAUCGAGAGAGCGGAGAGGGCUGUGGCGAAUCGCGUUGCCUUUCCUCCGUCCGAGCAGUCGUGUGAGCGGGGAGGGGUGGCGGGUCAACGGACUACCUACUCGUAUUACUACACAAGAGAGAUUUCCUGGAUUUCCAACUCUUAAACGGAUACAUUCGAGAUGUAUCCACAAGGCCGGCAUCCGGCACCGCAUCAGCCCGGCCAGCCUGGUUUUAAAUUCACCGUGGCAGAGUCUUGCGACAGGAUUAAAGACGAGUUUCAGUUCCUGCAGGCCCAGUAUCACAGUCUUAAGGUGGAGUACGACAAGCUGGCCAAUGAGAAGACAGAGAUGCAGCGUCACUACGUGAUGUACUACGAGAUGUCCUAUGGGCUGAACAUAGAGAUGCACAAGCAGACUGAGAUCGCCAAACGCCUCAAUGCGAUCCUGGCCCAGAUCAUGCCUUUCCUGUCCCAAGAGCACCAGCAGCAGGUAGCACAAGCUGUUGAGCGUGCCAAGCAGGUGACGAUGACCGAGCUGAAUGCCAUCAUCGGGGUACGUGGGCUUCCCAGUCUGCCCCUCACCCAGCAGCAGCUCCAGGCACAGCACCUGUCCCACGCGGCUCACGGCCCCCCCGCCCAGCUUCCCCCCCACCCCUCGGGCGUCCCGCCCCCCGGUCUGCCCCCGGGCGCAGGGGCAGGGGCGGGGCUGCUGGCCUUGGGUGCUCUGGGCAGUCAGGCCCACCUCCCAGUGAAGGAUGAGAAGAACCACCAUGAGCUGGAGCACAGAGAGCGCGAGUCGAGCACGAAUAACUCGGUGUCGCCAUCGGACAGUCUGCGGACUGCCAGCGAGAAACACCGCGGCUCCUCUGACUACAGCCUGGACUCCAAGAAACGCAGAGUGGAGGAGAAAGACAGCAUGAGCCGAUACGAUAGUGACGGGGACAAAAGUGACGACUUGGUGGUGGAUGUGUCUAAUGAGGACGCUGCCACACCCCGAGUCAGCCCCGCCCACUCCCCGCCAGAGAACGGUCUGGACAAAUCCCGCGCCUUGAAGAAAGACGCGCCCACUAGCCCCGCCUCCGUGGCCUCCUCUGGGAGCACACCCUCCUCCAAGACAAAGGAGCACAGCCAUAACGACAAGUCUUCCACCCCCGGUCUGAAGUCAAACACCCCCACACCACGGAACGAUGCCCCCACCCCUGGCACAAGCACCCCGGGCCUCCGGCCAAUUCUGGGAAAGCCCCCAGGCAUGGAGGCGCUAGCAGCACCCGCCCUCAGGACGCCCCUGUCGAUGGCGGGGCCCUACGCCGCUCCGUUCGCCAUGAUGGGGCACCCCGAGAUGAACGGGUCCCUGAGCAGCCCGGGAAUGUACCCCGGCCUGCACAUCUCCCCACAGAUGAGUGCCGCCGCGGCCGCCGCGUACGGACGCUCACCCAUGGCAGGGUUUGAUCCCCACCCACACAUGAGAGCUCCAGGCCUCCCUGCCAGCCUGUCAUCCAUCUCUGGAGGAAAGCCGGCGUACUCGUUCCACGUCAGCGCUGAUGGCCAGAUGCAGCCUGUCCCCUUCCCUCCGGACGCUCUGAUUGGCCCGGGGAUCCCGCGCCACGCCCGCCAGAUCAACACGCUGAGUCACGGAGAGGUGGUGUGCGCCGUCACCAUCAGUAACCCCACCCGCCACGUCUACACCGGCGGCAAGGGCUGUGUCAAGAUCUGGGACAUCAGCCAGCCGGGGAGCAAGAGCCCCGUGUCCCAGCUGGACUGCCUGAACAGGGAUAACUACAUCCGCUCCUGCAAGCUGCUGCCGGAUGGCCGCACCCUGAUCGUGGGAGGGGAGGCCAGCACCCUGACCAUCUGGGACCUGGCCUCGCAGACGCCCCGCAUCAAGGCGGAGCUGACCUCCUCCGCCCCCGCCUGCUACGCCCUCGCCAUCAGCCCUGACGCCAAGGUGUGCUUCUCCUGCUGCAGCGACGGCAACAUCGCCGUGUGGGACCUGCACAACCAGACCCUCGUCAGACAGUUCCAGGGGCACACGGACGGGGCCAGCUGCAUCGAUAUCUCUCACGACGGCACCAAGCUGUGGACAGGGGGACUGGACAACACCGUCAGGUCCUGGGACCUGAGGGAGGGCCGGCAGCUGCAGCAGCAUGACUUCACCUCCCAGAUCUUCUCUCUGGGGUAUUGUCCCACGGGCGAGUGGCUGGCCGUGGGCAUGGAGAGCAGCAACGUGGAGGUCCUGCACCACACCAAGCCAGACAAGUACCAGCUGCACCUGCAUGAGAGCUGCGUCCUCUCACUCAAAUUCGCCUACUGCGGUAAAUGGUUCGUGAGCACAGGGAAAGACAACCUCCUGAAUGCCUGGAGGACGCCGUACGGAGCCAGCAUAUUCCAGUCGAAGGAGUCUUCGUCCGUCUUGAGCUGUGACAUCUCAGCAGAUGACAAGUACAUCGUGACAGGCUCUGGUGACAAGAAGGCCACAGUGUACGAGGUGAUCUACUAGAAGCUGAAGGCCCAAACCAGGCAAGAGAAUCCGGGCCUGGGUCUGGGGUGGAGCUGCAGCUGUGUCCCCCUCUGCAGAGGGGGGGUGUGGGGUGUGGGGGUUCCAUGUAUCUGCCAGGCAAGACAUCUGGAGCUGGAACUAUUUUCUUGCUAAUAAUCUUUUAAUUUUUCUUUUCCUGGGAUUGUGGUCGUCUUUUUUUUUUAAACCAAGGACAUCCUGUAAUGGUCUAUGAAGCAGGGCUUCGUUUUUGUUUUUUGGGUUUUUUUUUUUUUAUACAUCCGUUGCUCCCUGGACUGGACAUUUUGUGCAAAGUGUAAAUAACGGAGUAAUAAAGACAUUUUAUAAAUCUAAUCUCUAUAUUUUCAUGUCCUGCUAAAUUCUUGAGAGUUUCAUCUCUCCCCCCCUCUCUCUUUCUCUCUCUCUUAACCUCUCUUUCUCUCUGUCUAUGUCAUCGUUGCUCCAAACUCAUAGGGGAUGUUCAGUAGGCUAGGACGUGUUUUUUUGUAAAGGAUAUAAUAUAUAUUCCUGAUUUUUACUGCAAGCACAUGUUUCUCUAGCCGGAAGGAGCUGUGGUUUCGUAUGUGUAUAUAUUUCCAAGCUGGAUGUGCUUUGGAGUCGUGAGCCCUGGAAGGGGGCGGGGCCUGCCGUGGAGGACACUCUGCUGAUGCAGGAAGAGACCCUGUAGAGUAAACAGCAUAUAAAGCUUCGCAGGAUUAACUGUGCUCCAUCUCUGCGCCCUGUUUCCUGAGCCCAAUCAGGGGAAGAGGAGGUCUGGUGUAAAUAUAAUGUGGGGGGGAAGGGGGCUCAGUUCUUGUCCUGGUGGAGGAGAAGUGUGUGGUCUGUAGCUCACGCAUCGCAUGCUUUGGCUGAUCCUGGUUCAGUGGAAACGGUGCUGCGGAGGGACCGUGCGAACAUGUGCCAGUGAGCUUGUGGGAUACGACACACCCCCUCUUUCUUUCGCACUGUGGAGUACGUAUGCACUGCACCCCAAUGCUCCUCCACUCUGAACACCUGGAACCUCAUUCCCAGCUCCGUGUGCCCCGCUCAGCGCCCCCUUCAGGAGAGUCUGUACCGUGUGAGGAUUUAACCUGGAGUAAGUGGGUGGAGUUUGGUACCCAGCAUGCCCCGGGGCAUCAAAUGGACAGUCUGUGUAUUACUGGUCAGUGUACGCAGACACAACUGUAUGGAAAGACAGAAUCCACACCUGACUCCAUAGCAACAGACCACUGAACCAACUUGCUAUCUCAAACUCGCACCAAAGUAUGUAGCAAACUGUUGGCACUGAAGACUAAUGUACAGUUGUUAAUAAUACAACUUCUUUUUUUUUUU